CUUCUAAGCUUUGUUCAUCAUUCCUAAAUUUCCAUUUCUUGAAUCAACAAUUACGGCAACUACCGAACGAAUCGCAUCUCUAAUUCGCAUCACUUGACGAUACUCAAGUAAAGCUACUUCUUACGUAUAGCCUCGUCGUGUGGAUCUUGUUUUGGUCAUUGAGGGGCCUACGCAAACAUGAGUCGCACGUUGGAACCUACACUUCUAUCUUUGUUACCGACUUAUUCUAAAGACCUACCGCAACCUCUACUCGAGCUCGCAUCCUCGUUACUUACACAAUCUCGACAUUCCGCCGGAACACUUAAAGCUGAAGAAGAAGUAGCUCGUGCAUAUGCGUGUGCUCAUAUCGCUUGCGAACGUCUAAAGAUAACCCUCGAUCUUCCACCGAUUCAACCAAGACCUCCCGUGCCUCCCCGAAUCUACAAGAGACUAUACACACAUCUUGAUCAUGUAUUACCUGCGAAUAGUGUAGGAAGAUCAGGAAGAGUACGGACCCCUAGCUCGAAGCUACGCGAAUCUGGAAUAUUUGGUAGUGGUCAACGAAUUCCAUCUCGAGGAACACCCAACAAGGAAGAAUCAUUAGCCAAGUUUAAAUCUCCUGCGACUAAAAGAGAUGAGACACCCAUAAAAUCUACGGGAAAACCUCCACUUCCAGCAAAGAAAAAAGCAGGAGGUAACACAAGCGCAUUACCAGCAUGGAUUCGUCCUACUAUCCAAUUCAUGUGUAAGGAGUUGGAUGAUGAACGUAUCGGGAGGACUGUCUUAGCUGGUAUGCAAACCAUCGCGACCCCACACGGGAAGCGAACAAAAGAUGAAUGGGUAAACCAGAAUUUAACACCAUUACUCGCGGCCGUAUAUUUUCUCGUUUCAUCACAAUUAUACGUAUUAGAGCAAGGAAAAGAAUUAGACGAUCCGCAAUAUAUACGAAUGCGAAAAUCAAUUCUCAAGGUAUUUGCGCGAGCGCAAGAGAAUGUCAACGUGACAGGAAUGGAUGAAGAUGAAUUAUGGAUUGGUUGGGCGGACAUAAAAUCAAAAGAUGUUGAUGGUGCAGUCAGCAAAGUCGUCGAGAACGAAUGGCAGAAAGAGGAAUGGUUUGCUGGUAUUAAACAUAUGGUGAAAACGAAUGAUACCGAGGUUAAUGAAAAUGUGGAAAUGGAGAAUGGUGACGAGAGACCUUUUAGCGAGAAACUUCACUUGCAAAGAGGUGAUACCAUGCUUCAAAGCAAAUGGGAUAUGACGGACCAAAAGAGAGAAGAAUAUCAAGCUUGGAAGCAUGAGAUGCUGAGUCGAAUUGAGGAGAUUGAACGAUCUCGUGGAUCCGCGAUGGAAAUAGAUGCUCCAGCAUGAUCGGUCCGAAAUAAAUUGUGCAGGAUUUGUGAUCGAGGUCUUCGGGCUGGGUAGUCUGGAUGCAUUCACGUAGGGGCAUCUGGACCGGAGCGACUAGAGCCUAUGCGGCAUAAUUUUGGCCAAACCUGUAGCAAACAUACAGGAUUGGUAGUUCUCAAUUAGGUGCCUAUCCGAUAUCUCGCGGGUGUAUGCCAAUGAAUGCCGGGAACCUAUCCGGGUACUUGCUCGCUAGCAUGUAUAAAUACGUUAAUAAAUCUUCCCCGCGCUCGAUCAUCCAGGUAUACAAUUCUUC